ACACGCAGAUCACACCAUUCAGUCUUUCUUCCUCCUCUUUUAGAAUCCGUUUCUCUCCUUGAUCAGAGUCUAAUCUGAGAGCCAAAUGGCGGAUAUUGCAAGUACGGCCAUUGGAACAGGCCUCACAUGCUGGGUUCACACAGCCAAGCGCCGGAGAUACAUCCGGAGUCUUGGAGACAAUCUCACUGCUCUCGAGACGAAGAUGGAUGAGCUAGGCCACAUCUAUGAAGAUGUGGACCGACUCGUGGGGAGGGCAGAAGGAGAAGGGUGGAUCCGCACGGGCCAUGCGGCUGGCUGGUUGGAGAGGGUGGAAGCACUCCAGAAAGAAGCCAAAAAGACUGUCGCGGAGGGGAAGCAGAUGAUUGGGAGGAGUAGCCUCUGUGGUCUCGGUUUCAGCAACUGCAGUGCACGUUACGAGCAGUCAAAGCUUGCUGAGGAGAAGAAAGCCGAUAUAGAGACCGUAUUGGCUCAAGGCUGUAACUUUCAUGAUAAGGAUAAAGUUGCCUACGAGCCUGUUGAUCUGAUCCUCACAAGAUCUCUCGGGGCUCUUAGCAGGAAGAAGGAUGAGCUGCAAGAUGUUUUUGAAACAGUCAAAGAACGAGUCGAGAGGGAGGAAAAUCGGAACUCAGUGAGAACACCUGAAGUCCGUGGGUGGUUGGAGAGAGUCAAACUUCUUCUCGAUAAAGAAGUGGGAGAAAUUUUGGAGCAAGGAGGGCUGGAAAUGGAGAAGGUUUGCCAGGGAGUGGUAGAGGAUUCUCAGUCUCAAAGGAACUGCACCAGCAUAUCAAGGAGCGCUGAAGAGAAGAGAGCUAUCCUGGGAGGGCUGCUCGGAGAACGCCGUGGCUUCACUGAGUUAACCUGUAAGCCUGAUGAUCCUCUCAUGGUUGAGAUAACCCUUGAGCCCCCGGUGGGCAUGAAUUCCAUGUUUGAGGAGGUAUGGAAUUGGGUUGAGGACGAAUCUGUGAGGUGCAUUGGGAUAUUCGGGAUGGGUGGUGUUGGAAAGACCACCCUGCUGAACAAGGUCCCCAAUCAAUUCCUUCAAGUUAGCCAUGAUUAUAACUUUGCACUCCGGGUUGUGUUGUCCAGGCCAGUUAAUCUAGAAAAACUUCAGAAGGCCAUCUGGGAAAAACUAAACCUCCCAGAAGAUGAAUGGGAUCCCAGUGACAAAGAAAGCACAACAUCUGCAAUCCUAAAGUCGAUGAAGGAUAAGAACUUCUUGCUUUUUAUGGAUGAUCUUUGGGAUGCUAUAGAUCUUCUAAUUGAUCUUGGGAUCCCUUGUCAUGACCAUCAAAACAAAUGCAAGAUCAUAUUCACGACUCGAUCGAUGGAAGUUUGUAAUCGCAUGAAAGCUGACAAGAGGAAGAAGGUGGAGUGCCUACCACCAAAUGAUGCUCUUCAACUCUUCCGACAGAAGCUAGGAGAGAAAACUUGGAUUGCUCAUCCUGGGAUCCCUGAGAUCACAGACACAUUGGUUCAUGAGUGCAAAUAUUUACCACUCGCUCUUGUUACUGUUGCAAGAGCCAUGGCCGGUACAACGGAUCUAGAAGAUUGGAUGAAUGCCGAAAAGUAUCUGAAAAGGCAGGUUUCCAAAUUUACGGAUAUGGAGGAGGAAGUGCUUAAAAAACUGGAAUUCAGCUACAACUGCUUGCCUAAUGAAAUCCACAAAAGAUGCUUUUUGUACCUUUCAAUAUUCCCAGAGGACCACGAGAUUUAUGAAGAUGAUGCGAUUGUCCUCUGGAUUGGGGAAGGAUUUCUGGACGAAUGUGAUGACGUUCAUGAAGCACGCACUUAUGGAAGCGAAGUAUUUAGAAAACUAAGGCACGCAUGUUUAGUGGAGUUUGUAAGGCAGUCAGCACUGCAUGGAGAAACUGUUAAGAUGCAUGAUUUGGUUCGAGAAAUGUGCUUGUGGGUAUACUUAGAGCAUGGAUCGAAGAAGAAGAAAGUCUUGGUUCAAGAGGAGGUGGAGUCGUUUCGAAUGGAAGGUCUUAAGAAAUGGAAGGAUGCAGAGAGGAUAUCCCUGUGCUUAAGAGUCUUGGAUCUGUCCCGUAACUACUAUCUGCAAGAGCUACCAAGAAGCAUUUGGAAACUAGUAAACCUCAGGUACCUAAAUCUUAAUAUAGCCCUAGAAGAAACUCAUGAGGUGCCAAUGGAGAUAAAGAAUAUGAGUAACCUAGUGGUGUUGAUUUUAUCGCGCAAUUUUUUGGUGCCGGCCGAACCCAUAUCAAAUCUUUCAUCUCUGAGACUGUUUUAUUGGACAAAUGUAAGCGACUAUUGGUGGGAGUUUGAAUCGUCAGAAAUAGAAUGCGAAUUCAAAUUGUUAGAAGUGCUACAGAUGAUGCAGAGCAUGGAGGAAAUAGACAUAACGUUAAUCUCACCCGAAGGUGUUGAAAAAUUACUGAGUUUUCCCAAGCUGCCAAGCCAUGUGAGAGGUCUCAGACUUUUCGAUUGUGAUGGCUUGGUGUCUUUUAGACUAUCAAUGCCGUUUAUGAGAAGAUUGGGGUACUUGCAGUGCCUUGGUUUAUACUACUGCAACUUCAGGGAGAUUGACGUGGGUGCCGGUGAAUAUGAAGGCUCUUAUGAAAGUCCAGGAAGAUAUUCAUCGUUGGAUUAUCUUGACAACUUGGAGAGAAUCUGCAGGAGAGCUUUGCCUUUUCCUGCACUCAAAGAGAUUAAAGUACAAAAGUGCCCCAAGCUCAAGGAGCUCCCACUGAACUGCGACAGUGCAAAGAAUAGUUUAAAGGUUAUCGAGGGAGAGCAGGAGUGGUUGGAAGGCUUGAAGUGGGAUGAUCCUGCCUCAAUGCAAGUUUUCUCCACAAAGUUUGUCAGUUGUUCAAAUGUUAUGUUCUUCUAAAUGUCCCGGAGCAGCAUGUCAUCCUAAGAUCAUUAAGUGGAGUUGAAGUGUUAAAGAAGCACACCAUGCUUUUGUCAUGUGCAUGAGUAGACAUUAAAUAAGGUUCUUAAAUUUGGAUUUCUGACCCCAUAAAUGACAAUCCGAUGUUCCCACAAUUCAUUUUAUUUGUUUUUCCUGCUUCCCUUUUCAUCUCACGAAAAUCAGCAGAUUACCAUUCAAUGAAGCAAACUUCCCCCCUUACCAUUAAGCAAGUCCACAUCUUGUGCAGAAUGGAAGACGAAGGAUUUUACUAGAAGGCAACAACAAAACGUACCCAUUUCUGUUCAACUGCUGCAAGCACAUCUGUUCAAUCUGCUUCUGGUCACUUGGUAUUCUGCUUUUAUGUAUUUCUGUGCCAAGAAAGCCUCAGUCUGUGCUUUGUAAAAACGCUUGAUUGGUACAAGUUUCUUGAGUUCGAUUUUGGUUCUAAAGUUCAACAGUGAACAUUUCUUUGGUGACUUCGUUGGACUUUCUGUGUUCUGGUGAUUAUUUCCGUUGAAUUAUGCGAAACUUUGCA